CAUUGUCUUGACUGGACAUUCACACUCAUCAGGUUAUCUAUCCAUCCGAGGAGAGCGAAGAAAGAGUGAAUAUCGCCAUCUGAAACUGGUAAAGUUGGAGAGCCUGAGAACUGACUUGAGCUGCGUGCGCAUGCACUAUCACGGCAUCCUACACGAGCCCCGAGAGAGAAAUACCGAGAGCGACAGACACGUAAAGGGAUUUUAUCUGCAUAUCAACAGAGUGUGUUUUCGGAGGUACCGGAGACCUCUGAGGAGCGGACCGAGCCUCACACAGCAUCACCAUGAGAUUCUUCCAUCCACUGUAUCUCCUUCUGCUGCUGCUGACAAUCCUGUACAUGACCAGCGCCGAGAAACAAGAUUUUCUCAACCUAAGGCGGAAAUAUCGCAAACAGAACUGUCCAAAGAAGCGCUGUCUACCUCUUCACUCCAGAGUGCCAUUCCCGUGAGGUUUCACAAUUAUCCUUAAUGAUGUCUCGUUGAGCGUUAAGAAAACCAAAGACCAGCAUUGGGAAAAGAGAGAAGAGUUUUGUAUCUGACUCAUUGAGGACUUUUCUGUAACCAAGCCAUGCUAGUCACUUCUGUAAAGGGAGUGUAUUGUUUUAUGAAUGUUAGUGAACAAGCCAUGGGGACAUUCACUGCAACCAAACAUGCUGAAAACUCAUCGCUCAAUCAGUUUGAGUUUGCCAGGAACAUUGUAAAUAGUAAGAACGGGAUGAAAUGUGUUUAUAUG